CUCGGCCAGAAGGAACUGGACGACUUCACUUGAAGGAACUUCGCGUCCGCCUCGGACCCUUGUUGUUGUUGGAUCCACAGGCGACCGGUUGCGUAACGGUGAUGCGCGUAAUCCGAAAGACGUAUAAAGUCUUUGAAGUGGGGAGUUUCUGAUUUUAAAGUUAAAGGGGAAACUUCUUUUUGUUGUUGUUGUUUACCGGUGGUUUUGGUGAACCUCUUUCUUUGUCUGGCUCCGAACUCGGCUGGACAUGGCAGAGGGAGACUUCUACACUAUGGGGAACCGGCAGAGGUUUCCCAGGGACCCGUUUGGAGAGUCGCCGUUCGGGGACCAGUCCCCGUUCCGGGACCAGCUCGCGUCUCGCUUCAUGGAGGACGACUUCGGGAUGUCCCCGUUCCCCGACGACCUGGCGAUGGACUGGCCGGGCUGGGCUCGGCCGGGCCGCCUCGGCGCGCGCCUCGGCGCGUCGCCGUUCAGCAGCACUUUACGCACGGGCUUCCCGCCGCGCCACUCCACGGGGGGCCCCGCGCUGUACACCAGCCGGUACGGGGAGUCGUCCCCGCGGAGCUCGCCCACCUCCACCACCUCCUCCUCGUCCGCCGCCGCCGCCGCCGCCGGGGGGGGGGAGCCCUGGAAGGUGUGCGUGAACGUGCACAGCUUCAAACCAGAGGAAUUAAACAUCAAGACGAGAGACGGGUUUGUCGAAGUGUCAGGGAAACACGAAGAGAAGCAGGAGGAAGGAGGCAUAGUGACAAAGAAUUUCACAAAGAAGAUACAGAUCCCGCUAGAUGUGGACCCUCAGGCAGUCUUCGCCUCUUUGUCCCCCGAGGGCGUCCUCAUCAUCGAAGCCCGACAGACGCCGCCCUAUUACCUCUUCAGCGACGAGGGCCCGCAGGGCGGCGACGCGCAGGAGGCGGAGGUCCCCAAGCCCCAAGAGGCGGCCAUGGUCUAAAAACCCCAACCCUGUGACCAACGCGACAGAUCGCGCUGCACAAUCCAAUUGUACGUUCAUAUGAAGGCUGUGGCCUUCGGCUUCAUGACGUCACAAACCUGGGUAAAAAAAAAUAUGUGCAAAAUAUAUUAAAGGUGACAUAUUAUGCUCAUAUUCAGGUUCAUACUUUUAAUUUGUGUCACCACUUGAAAAGGUUCACAUGCUCUAAUGUUGAGAAAAGGCAUC